UGUUCUUUAAACCCUAGAAGAAGGCCUUUGUUUUAUAAAAAAAAAUAUUUUUUCAAUCAUGAGCGAGAGAGGUGUUCAGGUGUUCGAUGAUAAGAAAAGUGGGGUUUUCUCUAUACGUGGUUUGGGGUCUCAAUGGAGUCUCCAACAGAAUGAUUUUCAUCAUGGUGGCUUGUUUGCGAGCGUUGGUCAAAUGGGAAUAGGAUUUGGACCCAACCCCCCGAAUCAGCAUAACGAUGGUGGAAUCAAAGCACCGUUCAUCGAUUUGUUUCUCAAAUACUUACCAUCACAAGAUGAAAUCCGAGUUGUUGGGGUACCAGAAGGUGAAGCUGCUUCGAGGACGAAGAAAAAAGUUGGAUUAAAACUGAAAAUGAAGGUGUCUAAUCCUUCCUUGAGGAGGUUAAUGAGCGGGGCUGUUGCCGGUGCGAUCUCGAGGACUUGCGUUGCUCCCUUGGAGACUAUAAGGACGCAUUUGAUGGUGGGGAGUCGUGGGAGUUCUACUGCUGAAGUGUUCGGUAAUAUUAUGCAGACCGAUGGAUGGAAAGGAUUGUUUAGGGGUAAUCUUGUUAACGUGAUUCGAGUCGCUCCGAGCAAGGCGAUCGAGCUAUUUGCUUUCGAUACCGUGAAUAAGCAGUUAUCACCGAAACCCGGGGAAGAACCAAAGAUUCCGAUUCCGGCUUCAUUAGUUGCAGGAGCUUGUGCUGGAGUCAGCUCAACGUUGUUGACCUAUCCUCUUGAGUUAGUCAAGACUCGAUUAACCAUUGAGAAAAACAUGUACGAUGGUAUAUUUGAUGCUUUCUUAAAAAUACUGCAAAAGGAGGGCCCUGCCGAACUUUAUAGAGGCCUUGCUCCGAGUCUCAUCGGAGUAAUUCCAUAUGCUGCCACAAAUUAUUUUGCAUAUGACACUUUACGUAAGGCGUAUCGUAAAGUUUCGUCGGAGGAGAAAAUCGGCAAUAUUGAAACCCUUUUAAUAGGAUCACUAGCGGGGGCUAUUUCAAGCAGUGCAACCUUCCCACUCGAGGUGGCUCGCAAGCACAUGCAGGUCGGGGCUCUCAAUGGAAGACAUGUCUACAAGCAUGUGUUGCACGCACUGUCGAGCAUUCUCGAACAAGAAGGAAUUCAUGGUCUGUAUAAAGGUUUGGGCCCUAGUUGCAUGAAAUUGAUACCUGCUGCUGGGAUUUCUUUCAUGUGCUACGAAGCGUGCAAGAGGAUACUGGUAAACGAAGAUGAAGAAUCUUAGGUUUUCCCGGUGAAGGGAAGAUACUCAUCUUUUGGGGAACAAGCUACCAUACAUUUUAGGUUUAUCCUUCUGAAUUUUGUUUGUUGAGGGCUCAGUUCGGGUGGCGGCAGCUGUGAGUGGAAGGUAAGAAAUGAUGUAGU